GGCCGGGCGGUCGGGCGCUUUAUCUUCCUCUGCGGCUGGGAGGGCGUCGCUGUGGGCCCUGGGCACCGGGAGUGCUGCCCGGAGCCGACUUUUCCGCCCGCCGCGCCGGCUUCCCGGAUCUGCCCUCUUUGCGGGGGUCCCCGCAGCCUCGUUCGGGCCCCAGAUAAUACAAUGGUGGGCAAAGAGAUGUCUCUAAGAAACCGGCUGUCAAAGUCCAGUAAAAAUUCUGAGGAAGAUGAAGACCGGAGAAACCCUACAGAGGAGUCCUUACAGAUACCUAGCAAUGGUCGGAUUGAGAUAAAAUGGUUGAUAGCAAAGAAGAUGCAGUUGACAGCAGAGGCAGAGGAAUUGAAACCAUUUUUUAUGAAGGAAGUUGGCAGUCACUUUGAUGAUUUUGUGACCAAUCUCAUUGAAAAAUCAGCAUCAUUAGAUAAUGGUGGGUGUGCUCUCACAACUUUUUCUGUUCUUGAAGGAGAGAAAAACAACCAUAGAACAAAAGAUCUGAGAGCACCUCCAGAACAAGGAAAGAUAUUUACUGCAAGGCGAUCUCUCUUAGAUGAGCUGCUUGAAGUGGACCACAUCAGAACAAUAUAUCACAUGUUUAUUGCUCUCCUCAUUCUCUUUAUCCUCAGCACACUUGUAGUAGAUUACAUUGAUGAAGGAAGGCUGGUGCUUGAGUUCAGUCUCCUGUCUUAUGCUUUUGGCAAACUUCCUACCGUUGUUUGGACGUGGUGUAUCAUGUUCCUGUCUACACUUUCAAUUCCCUAUUUUCUUUUUCAACGUUGGGCCAGUGGCUACAGUAAGAGUUCUCGUCCACUGAUCCAUUGUCUCUUCCAUGGCUUGCUUUUCAUGAUCUUCCAGAUUGGAGUUCUAGGUUUCGGACCAACAUAUGUUGUGUUAGCAUAUACACUGCCACCAGCUUCCCGGUUCAUUGUUAUACUUGAACAGAUUCGUUUGAUAAUGAAGGCCCAUUCAUUUGUCAGAGAGAAUGUGCCUCGGGUUCUAAAUUCAGCUAAGGAGAAAUCAAGCACUGUUCCAAUACCUACUGUCAACCAGUACUUGUACUUCUUGUUUGCUCCUACCCUUAUCUACCGUGACAGCUAUCCCAGGACUCCCACUGUAAGAUGGGGUUAUGUUGCUAUGCAGUUUGCACAGGUUUUUGGUUGCUUUUGUUAUGUAUACUACAUCUUUGAAAGGCUUUGUGCCCCCUUGUUUCGGAAUAUCAAACAGGAGCCCUUCAGCGCUCGUGUUCUGGUCCUGUGUGUAUUUAACUCCAUCUUGCCAGGGGUGCUGAUCCUGUUCCUUACUUUUUUUGCUUUUUUGCACUGCUGGCUCAAUGCCUUUGCUGAGAUGUUACGCUUUGGUGAUAGGAUGUUUUAUAAGGAUUGGUGGAACUCCACAUCAUACUCUAACUAUUACAGGACAUGGAAUGUGGUGGUCCAUGACUGGCUGUAUUAUUAUGCUUACAAGGACUUUCUCUGGUUGUUCUCUAAGAGGUUCAAAUCUGCUGCCAUGUUAGCUGUCUUUGCUGUGUCUGCUGUAGUGCACGAAUAUGCCUUGGCUGUUUGCUUGAGCUUUUUCUAUCCCGUGCUCUUCGUGCUCUUCAUGUUCUUUGGAAUGGCUUUCAACUUCAUUGUAAAUGAUAGUCGGAAAAGGCCAAUUUGGAAUGUUCUGAUGUGGACUUCUCUUUUCUUGGGUAUUGGAGUCUUGCUCUGCUUUUAUUCUCAAGAGUGGUAUGCACGUCAGCGCUGUCCUCUGAAAGAUCCCACAUUUCUAGAUUAUAUCCAGCCACGUUCCUGGACUUGUCAAUACGUAUUUUAGAAGCUUGGACUUUAUUUCCUUCUUGUCACUGAAGAUUCGGUAUUCUCCUUGACUUGGAGCCAGCUGUUACUGAAGUUAUCUGUUAUUCGGACCACUCCAGCCUUUACAGAUGGCUCACUCCAUUCCUAGGUCACUUGAAGCAGAAUUGUUGGAAGUUCACUGGAGGUACACUUAAGUAGGACUUUGUUGUUGUUGGGGUGAGGAGAAGAGAAGGAAGACUAAUGGCUGAGGUAAUGACAGAUUCUUGCUGGGUCAUAUCCGCUUUAGCCUUGGUAAUUAUACUGUUUUGUUUUCUUGACUCCGUCCAAUCAGAGACUAAACAUAAUACUUUCUUGGCCA